GGUAAGCCCAUUCUGGCCCACCACACGCAGUGCAUGGGCAACGCCAAGUCGAUCUUGGACUACCCCAGCGACCUGCACUCGCCAGUGAGCGACCUCGGCAAGCUCACCUUCGGUCACAUCCCCGGCGCCGUCGCCCCCCUGCUCUACUGGCACGCGCCCAUGACCGAGUGCGCCCAUUCGUUCCUCCAGGCGUUCGAGGUCAACGCCUGGGGCGACGCCCUCCGGGCCCUCGCAGACGACGGCGCGCGAGCGACUCCCGCGCGCUGGCCGCGCGUGGCCCUCGGCGUCACUCUCGCCCAA